AUGAAUAAUAAUAUGAAUCUAAAGUUAUCAAAAAGAUCUGGUGAAAAUGAUGAAAAUGCACUAAUUGAUGAAAACAGAAAAAAUAUUAACUACAGAAAUAGGGAAGUUAAUAGUAAUUAUUACAAGAACAAAAAUUUAAAUGAAAAGUUAAAAAGUAAACAAGCUGUAGUUAAGGGUAGUGAAAUAAAAACACACCUUUCUAGCAAGAAGCCUCCAUUAAUAAAUCAUACAAAUGUUCAAAAUAGUCUGAAUAAUGAAAACGAAAAUGUUAAAAGGGAUUUCAAGAAAGCGACAGUGAAUGAUAUCGCUACAAACGAUGGAAGAACCAACGAAAGUGAAAAAAUGGAACAAAGAAAAAAAGAAAUUAAGGAAUUAGCUAACUUAUGUUUAGAAAAGAAUUUAUCAGUUAACAGAGAAAAUAUACAAAUUGUCAGAAAGUUAAAAGAAAAAAGAAUGCUUGAAGAACAAAUUAUUAAAAAUGAUAAUAUCAAAAACAUACAUGAAAAGAGAAAAAUAUUAGAAGAAAUAGAAUACCAUGAAUGGGCAGACAGAGAAAAAAGAAUAAAAGAAUUGCAAGAGAAAAAAAUGAAAUUGUUAAAAAAGGUAAUGGUACAAAGAGACAAGGAAAAGGCAGAAAAAAUAUUUUAUGAAGUAGAAAGAAUUGUUCAAAACAGAGAUAAAAAUAAAGAUAUAAUUAUGGAAAAUUUUGAAAAGGAAAAGGCAAGAGAUAUGAGAAAUUUGUUUGUAGAAAGAAAAAAUAAUCUGAAAACUAUUUUUAAUGAAAAAAAUGAUGUCGUUGAUCAUAUGAUUGAUCACACUUCCAACUACAAUUUAGAAUUGGAAAGAAAUGGAAUGGUACCAAAUAAAAUAAAUGAAAUGUCAUCAAACAAAAUUGAUAACUUACUAAAUCUGAAUGAUCUCAAUAAUUUAAAUAUCACUUAUAAUAAAUCCCCAAAUUACACCCAAGAGGAAAAGAAAUAUAACAAGGUUUCAAAAUAUGAAAAGAAAAAGAAUAAGCAAAUUAUUGACACAUUUUAUAGGUAUUUAAAUAAAGAAGAAAAGGUAUUUUCACAGGGAGAAUAUUUAUUAGGUGAAUCCAUCAAAACACAGAAAAAAACACAAUGCAUGAAAAUUAGUUUCCCCUCAAUAAAUGUUAAAAGUAAUGAGCAAGACAUUUUUGAGAAGAACAUUUUAUAUUUACAAAAUUUGCUAAGGGGUAAAGCUAUAAAAAUGUUAAUGAACGAUGGAAAAGAAUCAUAUAGCGAUUUAAUUGAAGAAUUAAAAGCGUACGAAAAAAUAAAUCAGAUUAGUGCAAAGGAAAAAGAUUUAUUUGAAAAGGAGAACUUUGAAAAGAUAAAAUUUGAUUCUUACCUAGAAAAUGUACAGGGAAGAUACAUAUCAGAAUUGUUAGAUUCCUUAUCUAACGAAUUAGAAAAGUAUGAAGAAGAGAGAAAAAUAGCUGUAUUCGUUAAAUAUGCGGAAAGAGAAAGGAGAUUAAAGGAAUGUAAAGAAAAAGGAAAAAGACAAGCUGAAUUUUUAUUAAGAGAAAAAGAAGAUUUUAUAUUUAAUGAAAUCAUGGGAUUAAAUAAUCAAACUGUUGAUUCUUAUUUAGAGGACAUUUUAAGUAAGGCCAUAAAUGAAGCAUCAAAAGAAGAAGCAUUAAUAAGGACAAAAAAAAAAGCUGAACAGUUGAAUGAAAUUUACAACUUAUUAGAUAAUAGCAAUGAUGAAAAUAAUAAAAUCAUAGUUAAAGAUUUGGUUGGUAACUUUAUUAUUCCGUAUGUAGAUAAGCAAAGAGGAUUAGAAUUCGAUUUAUUAGAGCAAAAAAAAAAUAACUACGUUUCAAAUUUUGCGACACAACACAUUUUUUCUAAAAUUAAUGAAGCUUUUUGA